AGAUCUAUUUGAUAGAGAUGCUCUGCGUACCAGAGCGGCACCUUUAGUAAUAUAGUUCUUCAGCCUGGAUGGGAUUUUCUCAAGUAAAACUAAUAGCACGAACCUAGUUUGAGCCGCUGCUCUUAGAACAGGACUCGUGAAGACAGACCUCGGGGUAGUUUGGGCACGCAGCGCGUCAGCUCAGAAAUUGUUGAAUGAACAGACGGCCCUGAACUCACUAUGGGCUAAGCAACAUACUAAUCGCUUUGAAAUUAUACGAACUCUAAUUUCACAAAACCCUCUGACAGGGACUACUGCCCUUAUUUUUAGUAAAUACAGGACGAUAAAGUUAUGAAAUACAUUUAACACCCCUCCUUUUCUUACAGAUGGUAGUAUAGUCUACACUUUUCAGCACCCUUUCUCCCCUCACAACACAUCUUGAAGAGGAUUCCCUUUUUACAGCUAAAGAAUACUCCACGGUGUGGAUGUUCAUGUAAUGAUUUCACUAUUCCUUUACUGAUGGGCAGUUAGAAAAGUUCAUCUAAACCAUACGACAGUGACAAAACGGCAGUUUCUAAAAUACCUGCGGAAAUGCCAACUAUAGUCGGGAGGGUGGGCAAGGCGUCCGGAGGCCGCCCUAAGCCGUCUCGGAGGAACUCUGAGUUCCCAAACAACAAAGUACUCUGCCUAGAAGGGCCGGAAGUACUUGAGGACGCUCACCGGGACCCGCCCCUCCGCUUCCGGCGUCGGCUGUGGGGAGUCCCUGGUGCAGUCUCCGUGUUCGGUUAGUAGGAUGGCGCCGGGCCGAUGCGGUCAUAGCACCGAGAGCGGACGGCCGCUAAGCGCUUCCACCGUCCCCCGAAGUUUAUCCCCAGUGGCGGGGGAUGGGGGAGGCCGGUCCUUCUGGGUCGUCCGCGUUCCCUGCUCCUUCGUAUUACGGAGACGUGGGCCUCCAUCAUUCUAGCCCUCCCGCCCUCUUCCCGUGUGCCUGCUAGAGCGUCUCCUCGCCGUUUCCUGUUGACCAGGGGCCCGGGAGGAAAGAAGGGGGCGUAGCGCUACCGCGGAGGGAACUCGCGAGCUUGGGAGACUCGCAGACACCGGAAGUGUUGGAAGGAAGGCCGGAAGCGAGGGGGCGGAGCCAGGAAGUGAGGAGGGGCGGGGGUUUACGAGGAGGCCAAGGGAGCGUUGGGACAGAUUUGCACUCAGGGCAACCUGAGGGCCUUGGCUGUAGCGCUCAGCUCUGUCCCCUCCCCUCGCAGAGACACGGUUGUCGUCUAGGAGUAGGGAACUCUGUGUGGAGGGGUGGGUUGUCGGGAGGACCUUCCUCUGCGCUUGAGGCAAGGUGUGGAGAGGCGGGGUGGGGGUGGGGCCGGGUCGUCAGGGCGUCUGAGAGGGAAGACCCCCGCCCCCCGCCCCUCGCCGCCCUUCUACACUGGCUGACUGGACACUAAGAUGGCUGCCGUUGCCAUGGCACCCAACCCUGUGCAGACCCUUCAGGAGGAGGCGGUGUGCGCCAUCUGCCUCGAUUACUUCACGGACCCCGUGUCCAUCGGCUGCGGGCACAACUUCUGUCGAGUGUGUGUAACCCAGUUGUGGGGAGGGGAGGAUGAGGAGGACAGGGACGAGUUAGACCGGGAGGAGGAAGAGGAGGACGGAGAGGAGGAGGAAGUGGAGGCUGUGGGGGCCGGUGGGGGGUGGGACACCCCCAUGCGGGAUGAAGACUAUGAGGGCGACAUGGAGGAGGAGGUCGAGGAGGAAGAGGAGGGUGUGUUCUGGACCAGUGGCAUGGGAGGGUCCAACUGGGACAACAUGGACUACGUGUGGGAGGAGGAGGACGAGGAGGAAGAUUUGGACUACUACUUGGGGGACAUGGAGGAGGACCUGAGAGGGGAGGAUGAGGAGGACGAGGAGGAAGUGCUGGAGGAGGACGAGGAAGAGGAGCUAGACCCCGUCACCCCACUGCCCCCGCCUCCAGCCCCUCGGAGGUGCUUCACCUGCCCUCAGUGCCGAAAGAGCUUUCCCAGGCGGAGCUUCCGCCCCAACCUGCAGCUGGCCAACAUGGUCCAGGUGAUUCGGCAGAUGCACCCAACUCCUGGUCGAGGGAGCCGUGGCAGCGAGCAGGGCAUUUGUCCCAAACACCAGGAGGCCCUGAAGCUCUUCUGUGAGGUGGAUGAAGAGGCCAUCUGUGUGGUGUGCCGGGAAUCCAGGAGCCACAAACAGCACAGCGUGGUGCCACUGGAAGAGGUGGUGCAGGAGUAUAAGGCCAAACUGCAGGGGCAUGUGGAACCACUGAGGAAGCACCUAGAGGCUGUGCAGAAGAUGAAGGCCAAGGAGGAGAGGCGGGUGACAGAGCUGAAGGUGGUAUCCACCAUCCCCUUUGCAUCAUCCCAGAGCCAGAUGAAGUCAGAGCUGGCAGCUGUGGCCUCGGAGUUCGGGCGGCUGACACGGUUUCUGGCUGAAGAGCAGGCAGGGUUGGAGCGGCGCCUCCGAGAGAUGCACGAAGCCCAGCUAGGGCGUGCAGGAGCAGCGGCCAGCCGCCUGGCGGAGCAGGCUGCCCAGCUGAGCCGCCUGCUGGCCGAGGCCCAGGAGCGGAGCCAGCAGGGGGGCCUGCGGCUGCUCCAGGACAUCAAGGAGACUUUCAAUAGGUGUGAAGAGGUACAGCUGCAGCCCCCAGAGGUCUGGUCCCCUGACCCGUGUCAACCCCAUAGCCAUGACUUCUUGACAGAUGCCAUCGUGAGGAAAAUGAGCCGGAUGUUCUGUCAGGCUGCCCGAGUGGACCUGACGCUGGACCCUGACACGGCUCACCCGGCUCUGAUGCUGUCCCCUGACCGCCGGGGGGUCCGCCUGGCAGAGCGGCGGCAGGAGGUUGCUGACCAUUCCAAGCGCUUUUCAGCCGACUGCUGCGUAUUGGGGGCCCAAGGCUUCCGCUCUGGCCGGCACUACUGGGAGUGGGGAUGCCAGCUCCUCGCGCCAUCACCAUCGCCGCCGCCGGCUCCACCUACCCCAACAGCCCCUGCUCCAGCGGGAAGUGUGGUGUGUGGGCACCAACGGCAAACGCUACCAGGCACAGAGCUCAACGGAGCAGACACUGCUGAGCCCAAGAGCCUAAAGAACCCUCCUGGCCUGCAGCUCGGCCUUCUCUCACCUGCAAUGUCUGUCCAACAGGUCUGCAUGGGUCCCUGAUGAGAACAGCUGCCUGGUUUUCCUUCCCUCUGUCCACCCAGGGGUCUGAGUUUGAGUAGGGGAUGAGGGGAGAUUUAACUCCAUUACUUAACUUCCCUUUCCCUGCCCCUGCUCUUCAAUUUUGUCAGUUCCCAGGCUGGGGUACUUGGGCAAGACUCAUGUCUGCCCCCAUCCAAUUCCAUUUUCGGAUGCAAAUUUUAGCUAAGGGAUUUGGAAGCUUUUUUGGGGGAGGCAGUUUGGGCAAAAGGGUAGAGCUGGGUAAUAAAUGUCUACUCUCCAGGGGAAGUAGGAGGGAUUCUAAACUCCUUCCAUCCCCAAUUUCUACCUCCAUAGACUGGCCAGAAUUUAGCUUGAGAGCUCUGGAAUGGUUGACAUGAUUGAAACUACAUACCAUUAUAUCACCCAAUAAAUUAUUUUCUCCCCCUUCCUUUUUUCCAGCACUCAAACUAGGAGUAAAGCUCACCCCACCCAACCCCUCCAGGUCUUUUCACUGCCAGGCUCCUUUCCCCUUUGUUCAAUGGAGUUCCUUGUGUCAGUAUCCAGCCUCUUCAUGUCUUUAGUUCUCUCCAUUUGGUGAGCCCUGACCAGGAGCCUGGGGACAGGGGUUUGGAUCCCCAGAAGAGCCUUGGGUAUAAUCUAUUUUUCUAGUAACCCCUUGCCUUCUGUCACUUGUCAGCUUUUGUCCUCUACUUUGAUGGCAGAGGUCAAUUUAUGUUCCUGGGGAAAAGGGAAGAUGGGUUGUGUUGUGGAAAUAAAAAGUUUAUUUGC